UUCAAGAUCUUUCGACACGAGAUCGCGUGCACCUGAUUGGCCACGUCAAAGAUUCGCCGCGAAAGGCUCGACUCAAGUGCCAUUGAAACCAAGAUGGCCAAAGACGUCCAGUCUCGCCUUCUGAGCUGCAGCGCUGCAGGUCUUAUCGCGAUCCAAGGCCUUGGCCUCGCCCUAGUCGCAAGCUACAGCUCGCUCUCGUCGCUGUUUCUGGGCCUCAACAUACUCCUCAUCGGCGUCUGGCUUGCGUUCCAUGAAGUCCAGCCGGCCUUGGCGCCGUUUGAGCUGCCCCGCGGCCUCGAGACGCCCCUCGGAAAGGCGUAUGUGUACCAAUUCAUUGCGUUCGCUUCGGUCGACUCGUUCUUUGGCAGCGUCUGGGACACCUUUGUGCUCUUGUGGCUGCUCUUUGUCUCGGCUGUCUUUGCUCACAGCCACUUUGCGCACGACCGCCGCAGCGGCGAAGCCAAGCAGGAGAGUUUGCUCAUGCACGACUACCAAAAGCUCGACGUCCAAGCCAUGUAGCCCCGGUAUUCGCAAGGAGCUGUUUGCCAAGUGUUGUUAUACGGAGAUGUUGCUUUUGCCGCGUUGCAGCGUUGAAGUGUCACUGCAAAAUGCGUCCCGGCGCUGGCCCCCAGUAGACAGCGUGAGUGCAGCCCCUAUACUAUAUCGACGAAAUACAAGCAGCGAUUCAUUGGAGGC